AAGUGAGACAGAUAGACAGAUAGAUAGAUAAAAGAGAGAGUGAGAGAUAUACGGGAAGGUAAUACAUUAAGAGAGAGUGACAUAUACGAAGAAGGAGUAGGGACAGUGAGACAGAGAAGUGAGAAAAUGACAGAUAUGAGGGACAGGUAGAGGAGUGACAGAGAAAAAGAGAUAGAUAGAGAGAGGGGGGAAAUAAGGUAAAAGAGUGAAGUUUGUGAGAGAGAGAGACGAAGGUAAUAAGGUUGAGGAAGGCUGAGGAGAGAAAGGUAAAAGUGAGAGAGUGAGAGAGAGGGAAGGAGGGAGAGAUUAAGAAAGUGAGAGAGAGAGGGAGAGAGAGAGAGAAUCGGGAAAUAAGAAUGAGUUUUCUUUAAAGUUUUAGUUGAGGUUUCUAUGACUGUCACAUCUCAAAUGAGCCAAACACAUCAUGCGAAAGGUAUUCACUGGAGUUAAAUGGAGUUUCCUUCUCUCUCUAUUUAUAUAUUUAUUAAAUUGUUGCUAUUGAGGACUGUUAUUGGUUACAAACAUGUAGGAAACGUUGAAGAAGAAGAAAAAAUAGCUAAACAAAUAAAACAGAACUAGGAAGAAAUAUUGUCGGCUGGAAUGACUUCAAAUACUCGAACACGGAAUACCAAUUGGAAUGGCAUUUUUCAAGACUUGUUCGGAGACGCAUCCAUGUACAAUAUGAAGUGUUACUCUGCAGGUGCCACACCUGUCAAUCUAUCCAUAAAAGAUCCAGACCAGAAUGGAGAAUCCCUUCAAGACUCAAGCUCUGGUGUUGUUUCUACAACAACGUCUACAUUUAAAGGAUCAUAUUCUUCAUCAGAGUCAUUAUUGGACAGUAGACAUUCUGGGUGGUCGUCUCCGACGGCAACACCAACCGUGUAUAGUAAAUCUUGUGUCAGGCAAAACAAAAAUCAGACUCUUAUGCACAAUCUGACAAAUCAUCAUAAUAAUGUGAACAACAACACUUCUUCUUUGGGAAGUUUCCCUAAUGUGGACAUCAUCAAUGCCAAACUAAACCGAAUUCACCUUGAAAAACCCCCUAAACUCAUGCUUGGUAUGAAAAAAAGCAAAUCCCAAUCCCGUAGCUCCCCUUUUCAAUAUCUUAGCGAUGACAUCAUUGUGAAAAUUUUUUCAAACCUGACAACGAACCAGCUGUGCAAGUGCUCACGUGUUUGCAAGCUGUGGUACCGUCUGAGCUGGGACCCAACCCUCUGGACAAGCAUUGUAUUAAACAGCAUAACGCUGGAAGUAGACAAAGCACUACGGUGCCUUACCAAACAACUCAGCUAUAAUACACCAUCAGUUUGUGUGAUUAUUGAAAGAAUCAAUGUCAACAACUGUGAAAAACUUACUGACAAAGGACUGCACACCAUUUCCAAACGCUGUCCAGAGCUUCGGAAGCUGGAAGUCCACAAUUGCAGUAAUAUAACUAAUUCUGCCCUCUUUGACCUUAUAUCGAACUGUGUUAACCUGGAGUAUCUGAAUGUCUCAGGCUGUUUGAACAUCACGUCAAUCAGUUUAGCCAACUCAAUCCUUGUACGACCAUCAGCCCACUACCUUCAACAAGUUUAUCUAUUAUAUUUAGAUAUGUCAGAUUGCUGUCAUCUGGACGACAAUGGACUUGAGAUUCUGGCCCUUCACUGCUCUCGACUCCAGUUUCUCUACCUACGCCGAUGCUCUCAAAUAACAGACAAAGGUUUGCAACAUCUUACUGCUAGUUGUACAGGCCUAAAAGACCUUAGCAUCAGCGACUGCCCAAACAUCACAGAUUUUGGCAUCAUGGAACUGUCUCGAAUGGAACCUGAUCUUCGCUACUUGAGUAUAGCAAAGUGUGACAAAAUCUCAGAUGUUGGCAUAAAAUACAUUGCACAGCACAGUCUGAAACUGCGCUAUUUGAACUGUCGUGGCUGCGAGGCCAUAUCCGAUGACUCGCUUGAGCGUGUCGUCAAACGAUGCCACCGUCUUAGGUCUUUGGACGUUGGCAAAUGUGAUAUCACGGACAGAGGUUUAUUUAUCUUAGCUAAACAUGCUCCACAUUUGAAACGCUUGAGUGUGAAAUCUUGCUUUGCAAUCACCGACCGAGGAAUUAUAUUGUUGGCUGAACACUGCCGCCAUCUGCAACAAUUAAACAUUCAAGACUGUCACCUGUCUGUUGAUGCUUACCGGACUGUGAAAAAGAAUUGUCGUUUCUGCAUCAUCGAACACACCAAUCCUGGUUUUUAUUAAAGAAGUAAAAAAUAAAAAAUAAAUAAAACACUACAAUGCCUGU